AUGAUUCUGUCAGCUUCACGCAUCAUUGCGAAGCAUGCUUUCGAUUUUGUAUGUGUUCUGCAACGAAAAAGGCAAACAGAUUAUGAACACACUAAAGUUUCAACGAUAGCGUAUUUGGCUUUCAUGGUUGGUUUGUUUCUAUUCUUUUAUUUAAUUGGUUCGGUGUUGAUAAUGAAGAUUGAUAAAUUCUCAUAUGGCGAUGCCCUUUAUUACAGCUUCAUAACUCUGUCAACAAUCGGCUUCGGUGAUUUUUACCAAGCCGAAAUGUUUGAAAGCGAUCACCUUGGAAAACAAGUGGGCAUGACGUUGUUUAUGUUUUUCUGGGUGUUGAUUGGCUUAUCAAUUACUGCAUCACUGGUUAUCGUCAUAGCAUCAGUAAUAAAACUACCGACUUUGUCAAAAUCGAAAGUUGAAAAAAAGCCCAACAAUGAAAAUUUAAUUCAAAAUGAUGAAGAUCAAUGUUAUAUUUGA